ACACAUAUGUAAAUCCUUGUUUUUUUUUUUCCUGGUGAGGCAGGGAAGGCCAUAGCCACAAUGCUUAGCUGCAUGCUUCCAACAUGGGGCUGGUUUUAACCCAGCGCUCUGACCUAAACUGCUCAGCUCACGGAAAUUCCAAGGAACCUGGUGGCCUUAGUCCUGCAGGUGAAUCAGCGUGCGACAUGGGAAAGAAAACCAAGAGGACAGCUGACAGUUCUUCCUCAGAGGAUGAGGAGGAAUACGUCGUGGAGAAGGUGUUAGACAGGCGCAUGGUUAAGGGGCAAGUGGAGUACCUGUUGAAGUGGAAAGGCUUUUCUGAGGAGCACAAUACUUGGGAACCUGAAAAGAACUUGGAUUGUCCUGAACUAAUUUCUGAGUUUAUGAAAAAGUAUAAGAAGAUGAAGGAGGGUGAAAACAACAAGCCCAGAGAGAAGUCAGAAGGAAACAAGAGGAAAUCCAGUUUCUCUAACAAUGCUGAUGAUAUAAAAUCUAAAAAAAAGAGAGAGCAGAACAAUGAUAUCGCUCGGGGCUUUGAGAGAGGACUGGAACCAGAAAAGAUCAUUGGGGCAACAGACUCCUGUGGUGACUUAAUGUUCUUAAUGAAAUGGAAAGACACAGAUGAAGCUGACCUGGUUCUUGCAAAAGAAGCUAAUGUGAAGUGCCCACAAAUUGUGAUAGCGUUUUAUGAAGAGAGACUGACGUGGCAUGCGUAUCCAGAAGAUGCGGAAAACAAAGAGAAAGAAAGCUCGAAGAGCUAAAGGAGGGUGGUCUCUGCCAUUUCUCUUUGUAUAUACCACGUUCACCUUCCUGCCUCCUCUCCCUUCUCCUUCCCUUUCCAUCCUAAACACAUCCAUAAAAGUAUGUGCUCACACUGUG